AUGGCCAAAAAAGCUCCGGGGGUCGACUCAAUAACCAAUAAGUUAUUGAAGAGGCUUCCGGACAACUGCGUCGAAAGUUUACUUCAGAUCAUAAACAGCUCGUUAGCCCUCAGAUACUUCCCCAGAAGGUGGAAGCAUGCGAUCGUUGUCAUGAUCCCAAACCAGGAUAUAUUUGUUCGAAGAAGAUUCCACGUUUUUCACUUCUUGUUCAUGGUGAUAAUUUCUGGGGUGUUGAUUACUCAGGAUAUAAUCAGAAGACAGUUCAAGGAUAUUCCCACCUACACUUUAGCCGAACUCCUGCUGUCGAUGUCAAUUUUAGAAAGAGUUAACGUACUACUCCUCUUCGAAGAUAUUCUGGGUGACUUACUUUUGGAACUGAAGAGAAAUAAUAUAAUAUCAAUUCAAAGGUUGUUUAGAAACUACGAACGGCUAUCUAACUAUGUCGUUGAGUUCACUAGGCUGCAUUCUUGGUAUUUACUAAGUUUGGUUACCAACACAUUCUUAUGGAUUAUGUACAACGUGUACAAGUUCAUCAUAUUGCACUUCUUCGAAUUCCGUAAAUUUCCCACUACCAAUUUCACCAUGUCUUUCAUUUUGUCUUGGACUUUCACCUCGUUGCAGAUAUUCCACCUAGCGAUUCUCAUUUGGGCUUUCGGGAGAGUAAAAAAGAAACAGAGAGACUUUAAAUUCCAUUUGAGCGGUUUUUUCUGCAUGUUGAAUCCUACAGAUAAACUAAUCCACUCAGAUAUGAUUAAAACAAUAUACUCGAAACUUCUGGAUGAUAAUCAAGAUCGUAAUGCAAUUGUUUUCAACAUAGACUCGCCUUUGCUGUUACACAUGGUUGGAAAUUGUGUAACUAAUAUUAUGGUUCUAAUAAGCUUUGAAGUGCUGUAUUGA